AACGGUCAGUCAAUGCCGUUCAGAGGGAUCUCGCAACCUGGACUUGGAAAGAAUACAAUAGUCCCCCGGACGUCUCUCGACAAAUGGGGAGCCAUCCUUCCAGACAAGCCUAGGAUUCAUCAGUUUACGCCACCGGUCAAAAAGGGCCGACAAGAAAACGCCUUGGCUGAAAGUCCGAGUCAGGAACUUGAAGAAGAUGCUGAUGACUUGACGCCAGAAAAUAUAGCAGACCUGUCCAUUGAUGACAUCCUGGCCGCAGCUGGGAUUUCAUUGGAUGAUGAGAAAACCACCAAGAGCGCCACCAAGAGUCCUAUCAAGGAAAACUCAGUUGGGUGCCUUGCUCCCAGUCAGCUUUUUACCUCAGUUGAUGGAGGUGGCACCAGACAAACAAGAGAGAAAGACUCUUUGAUGGCAGACAGUCUGCUGCCAAAGAUAAACAUAACAAGUCAGCAAAAUGACUGCAACGACAAUCUCGAGGAUCAAGAUUGUAAUACUAAGGAGGCAGAGUUAGGAGAAGACGAGAUGAUUAGAGAUGAUGAACUUGAUGAGGAAACGGUGGAAUCCGAUAAUCCUGGAAAAGACCUGCUGGUCGUGGACAAGGACCGGCCUCGUUACCCACCUCGCCUGCCCCCGCUUUGCCUCCCGACUGAGGGCAAGGGUUUGUCAAACCACGGCGAGUCCGAUGUAUUGCUGAAAGGUUCACGUCAACUGCAACCAUUUAAAAACUCGGACCCGAACCGACCUGGCCAAAAGCAAAAGCCCAAGAAAACACAGCAGAGAAAAGAGUGUAGGGAUGGCUGCAUGAUGAAAGGCCAACUUAUGCCAGAUUCGGAUUCAGUGUUCAUCCAAAAGGAAUCGACAUUGAACGGCAGAGACUGCUGUCAGUUUUCCUUCAACAACAAUGGUUGGACCGAGACGACUAAUGGAGAAAGCAAAGACAACGAUUUUUUAAAAGAUACAAACCAAAAUGCAGCGAGAAGUAAAGAAACCCCACAGCACUCUCAAAGCUCACCUCGUAGCAUGUUGCAAACAAUGAUAAAUUGGGUCUCGGGUGCAGUUUCAACUUCAAAUACAGCAACUAAGGCAACACGUUCCUUCACGAUCCCACCUGUAGGCCUACCAGCAGAUGACGUCAUUAAGCAGACCACAACUACUUUAGGCGUGCCUCCAGGAUUGGGCGUGGUUUCCACACCUCAAGAUAGCCAGCAUGAGUUGAAAACUUCCUUGAUAGCUCUUCCUGUUUUGGGGACACAUUUAGCCAACCGCGCAAUGGAUUCGAACCUAGGCACAUCUGGUUUUGAGGUAACUGCACUGACUGGAUUUGAGACGAAUCUUAGAUCCUCGGAUGAGUCUAGAACCCCACAUUCUCUGGGAUUCCAAAGACAGAAAAUCCCGAGUGGAACCACUAUUGCUGAGAGUGUUGAAGCUACCGAUAUUGAUAUCGAGCAAAGUCAUACAUUCCAGACUGACAAUGACACCUCGAUGGCUCAAGAUGAUUAUGACAGUGAAGACUGGUUCCGUGAGGUGCUCUGGCCAGCCGACUGGAGAGAGACUAACCGUGACGCUUCUCACCUACCAGCUGAGCUACGGGAGGAACUUCGUAUUGAUCUGAGCGGGUUUCCCCAGGAUGAUGAUAGCAAACCAAAACCGCAAUCUCAGAAUCUUGAAGAAGACACACAUGUGCAAGAAGUAUCAACAGUCUAUGACGAAACAGCGAAGAGCAAUGGAAACAACAACCAUCAAAUAGACAACGCGAAGAUAUUCAAAGGUACUCAGGCUCAAACCACAAGGACACCUACCUCGACGAACUCCUCAAGAAAUGUAACCUGGAACACGACGAGUACGUCUCUUGAGGACACUGCAGAAAGAAAUUCUUCGAAAAAGAAACUUUCUUCUGACGCUUGCUCAAACAAUCGAGAUUUGGGCUCAUACAAAAGCACAAUUCACCGCGGUGAAUUGUCCUUAAGUAGUGAUUCUCUCUGGUCUCAGUCUGUCACAACUUGGGGACUCGAUGCCGAGGAACUCAUGUUGCUCUUGUCUUAUGAACAAAGUGACAACACGUCCGGGUUCGCAUCAGAUGAGGUGUUUGAUGAAGACAGUUUUUUCGACACCAUUAUGGGCAUCGUUGCCGACUCUCAACUCUAUUCUGAGUCUGAUCCAAGCCUUCUGACCACGCCAGAAAUUGUAUCUCCAUUCUGUUUCACUCUCCCGAAUGGUGAACACGAUGUGUUGGAUCUUCACAAGGUUCAUGAUAACUGUAAAACAGACUUGAAUUUCGAGGAGAAAAUCUGUCCGCAAUCCUUGACAGAUUCACGUGACAGCUUAGAUAGUUACCUUACCGAGAGGACGAGGACGGAACUUGAGCUGAAAUGCAUCUCCAAGACUGUCGUUGCCAAGAAACCAGGCCUUCUGGUGAAUCACUCCAAAGAUACCAAUCAUCAAGGUGAUCAUGAAGUGUCGGAGCAAGGAGAAGUUGAUAACGUCACCCAUAUAAUUCCAGUCAAGUCGACCGAAGACAAUCAGCUGCAUCAGGAGAACGAGAACACGAUCUCAACUCUGAACGUUGUUGCAUCAGACGCUACACACUCGCUAGAAGUCCAAUCUAAGAAAUGGGCGAGUCGUUCAUCCUCAUUAACACCUGAUGUUAAAAAGUGGAUGCGGCUGAACGACAUGCAGAUGGAGGAAGCGAUACAGGCGGAGAGGCUCACUGGAGGGCGCUCUGUACCUGCGCCACAAGUGACGGCAUCCGAGAGCACUUACGAUCGGAUCGUGAACUGGGUUGAAAAGUCGGAUUUUUCGAUUACACCUUCGAUUGGACAGGACGGUGAGGGCUGAGGACGAAUUUCUGCUGUAAAAUUUUGAAGUUUAAUUAUUAUUAUUUUAUGAGGGAAACAAUUUAUGAAGGAAACCAAUAAUUGCGAAUAAUGAUUUCACCCGACUUGACAUCAACCGCAAACAACUUUAAAAAUAAUAUAAGAUCAUGACAUUAUAAAGUAUUUGUAUUAGUUUAAAAGCGCCUAAUAUUAGUGAGGAUUUGCACCGCCAAAAAAUGAUGAUGUUAAGUACAUUUUAGUAAUAUUUAUGCAUACUAUUGCUAGUUAAUUAUUCUGAAAAUGAAAUGUAUGAUUUGGCGCUUGUAAAACUGAGAUGAUGCAUAAAUGAAACUGAAAAUCACCUUAUAUAAGGGGCAACGGCCAAAAGCGAAUAGUUAAUGUUUUAAAAACUUAAAAGAAAAGCAAUAUAAAUUGUGUUGAUGGAAUAUAAAUUAUUUGUAACAUAUGAAAAAAAUAUGUAUGGAUGACUGG